UUUGGAGCUACGAGUCGUUCAUGCUGUCCACGGCGCCGGUGGUUGCCGAAGGCGUGCUGUACGGCGCUUCGGGUGAUGGUGGGUUCGUCUUCGCGCUGGAUGUGGCAACCGGACAGGAGCUUUGGAAGGAGUCCACUGGCGGGCAGGUUAUCCAGUCGCUGACGGCAAUGGACGGUCUGCUGUUUGGCGAGUCGGAUUCGGGGACUUUGAUCGCCGCCGAUGGAGAAAGUGGCGAGCCGGUCUGGGCCUUUGAGAAAGGCGGUUUCUCAGAUGUCCGUGGCUACACGGUAAAAGACGGGGUGGUCUACUCCGCAGGGCCCAACAACAGCGUUUACGCCCACACUGCCCCUUAG